CCCGCCGCAUACGUUCAUGCGGACGACUCCACAGGUUGUCGACUAUAAAUCGACAGCAUCACUACAACCAUGGAAUCGGGCUAUCUUUAUUACUUUGGUUAUCAUCUCGAUCAAAAAUGAAGAUAGCAAUUGUUGGCGCAACCGGAUCUAUUGGAAGCAUCAUCUUGCAGCAGACUCUUCAACGUGACGACGUUGAUAGCAUUGUCACGAUAACGCGAAAACCAUUACCGUCAACGGACCCACGAGUACAUAAUGCUAUUAUCGAAGACUUCGGUAACCUGGAUGACCUCUCAGACGCGACAUGGUCGUCAAUACGAGACGCCGACACGCUGGUCUGGGCGAUGGGCACAUACACCUUGAACGAAGACGUCAAUUUCACUUACCCCCUGCAAUUCCAACGGCACCUUGUACAGCGUUCAAAUAUACGCGAUGGCAAGACGACGAAGAUACAAUUCAUUCUUCUAGGUGGCGCAUUCACUGAGACCAACCAAUCGCAGUGGUUGUGGUUCCUCCCCGCCCAACGGCACAUGAAAGGUCUAUUGCAGACCGAGAUACUCACGUUCGCACACCAACACAGCGACACUUUGAGAGCCAUUGUCAUCAAACCCGGUGGAGUGCUCAUGGGCGGGGAUACCUUCGUGAACAAGGUUGCACAAUUUGUAUUUACAAGCUGGUUCGUCAUUCGAGGUGAAGAGCUGGGAACGGCUGUGGCGGAGUUGGCUGUCAAUGGGUCGAAAACACCCGUCAUUCCCAAUCAGGAGAUGGUCGAGAUCGGAAGGCGAUUGGAUGCCUUGAGUGCGAAAAAGGCACUAUGAAAAGUCCAUGGUAUUCUGGAUAUACGAGUGCUCUUGUCGCGGCAACAACUUGAGGUUCAGAUCGACCUACAUAAGGCUUGCAGUAUAGAUCUUAUC